AUGCCGUCGGGUCUCCGCAUAGCUUUUUUUGGCCUGGACCUAUUCAGCGUGGCCUCACUCCGCAAGCUCGCCGAGCUCCAUCGCUCCAGGCCCGGGCUCAUCUCUAGUUUGGAUGUCUAUACCAGGUCGAUAAAACCCACAGGCAGAAAUCUCAAGCAAUUCGUGGACUUGCCCAUCGGCACAUAUGCACUUGGCAAUGGCUUGCGCGUGUUCCGCGUAGACUCCUCGGCGGAAAUCGUGGCCUCUGCAUUGCCGCAAAAUUACGAUCUUGCCGUGGCGGUGUCUUACGGCAAACUCAUUCCAGGCAAGUUUUUGGCCUCAUUGCGCUACGGAGGACUCAAUGUCCACCCGUCGCUUCUCCCCAAAUUCAGCGGCUCGUCGCCCAUCCAGCAUGCGCUCAUGGAAGACUGUAAGUCCACCGGUGUCACCGUUCAAACGUUGCAUCCGACCAAAUUUGACCAUGGCGACAUCAUCUGCCAAUCCGAGGAGGUGGAGAUUCUCAACGACGACAAAUUUGUCUCUUUACAGGAAAAACUCGCCACUGUUGGGGCCGACCUCUUGGCGGACGUCGUGUACAGUGGCUCAUACACGAACCCGCCGCAUUUCCAAAGUUUGGAGCAAUACUCUUUGGCUCCAAAAUUAUCCCCUGCAAAGUCAGAGGUCAAAUGGGGACAAAUGUCCUCCAGGCAGGUGCGCCGUUUGAACGACGCCUUGGGGCCUUUGCACUCGUACAAGUACGUGGAUAUAUUGAAGAAAAAAAAGCCCCUCCAGGGCAAUUUCAAAGUCAUCCUUGACGAUAUUCAUGAGCUCCUGACUUGUGCUGAACUCGACUCGCUUUCCACGCCAGGUACCUUCACUCUUAGCGCAGAUGGUCUAGUGGUGAAAACCUCAGAUUCGUACGUGUCCGUCAAGAAACUCAAAUUUCAAUAUUGCGGCUUGGAGUCGCCCGCAGAGUUCAUGAAGAAUCUCAAGAAGAGGUCUGGCACCACUGCAUGUCAAUUCAUCUCAUCUGACGCAUCAAGUCUCUGA